GCAGCAGGAGCGCCUCACAGGUGAAUGCGCGCACACGAGCCGGAGGAGCAAGUACUCGCACGGUGCGGUCGAACACGAACCGAACAGCGGCGUGAGAUGAUCAGAUUGAGAUCGGAUCCAGAUCGAGUUCGGCGGGAAUAGACCGGACUGACAUCACACUGACUAGGUGAACAUUCACAGCUCUGUGUCUUCAUGCAUAAAUGACAUCAACAAUCUGAAGACCCCACCGCUUGAUUUCCAGCUGUCAGAUCAUUUUGGUCCGACCGGUCAUCUGUCGCACUGGACAUCCAGAUGGUUGCGAUGGCCACUCUUAAAGACGGCAUUUGCUAUGGCAAUAGGAAUGUGGCAUUUUUCUACGAACAAAGCGAAAAGAAUAUCAGCACUACCUGGGGGAAAACCGAAAUUGCGGUGGUCUCUCUCGGACUGUUUGUCUGUUGCAUCGUGAUCUUCGCCAACAUCCUGGUCAUGCUGGCCAUUUUCAUGAACCGCAGGUUCCAUUACCCCAUUUAUUACCUGCUGGGAAACCUUGCGGCGGCGGACAUGUUCGCCGGCAUAUCCUACAUGCAUCUGAUGUUCCACACCGGGCCCUGGACCAGCAAACUGAGCACGUAUCAGUGGUUUCUGCGUCAGGGUUUAAUAGACACCAGUCUGACCGCGUCUGUCAUCAAUCUGAUGGCCAUAGCUCUGGAGAGACAUCAGACCAUCUUCACCAUGCAGCUGCACAGUAAAAUGACCAACCACAGAGUCGUGCUGCUCAUCGCCGGCAUCUGGCUCAUCGCCAUAGUGAUGGGCUUGAUCCCUACUAUGGGAUGGAACUGUGUGUGUAAAAUCUCCAAAUGUUCCACCAUGGCGCCGCUCUACAGCCGCCAUUACCUGAUUUUCUGGACCUUACUGAACCUCUUUGCGUUUACGGUCAUGGUGGCCGUCUACACUCGAAUCUUCGUCUACGUGCGGCGAAAAACCCAGCGGAUGAGCAAGCACACCUCGCAGGUCAAACACAAGGAGACGGUGGUUAACCUCAUGAAAACUGUCAUCAUGAUUCUGGGUUGCUUCGUGAUCUGUUGGACCCCUGGUCUGGUGCUUCUCUUGCUGGACGGCCUGGAUCUCACAACUUCCGUUCUGAAGUAUGAGAAGUUCUUUCUGGUGCUGGCGGAGUGCAACUCCUUCAUGAAUCCCAUCAUCUACUCGUACCGGGACAAGGACAUGCGGAACACCUUCAAGCGGAUCCUCUGCUUCCCGUGUGUGCGGCACGACCAGACGGGGGAGCACUCGGGCGUUCGCUUCAACACCCUCGAGCAAGAGCGGAGACAGCGUGUGCUGCAGGAGUCUUUGGUCGCUCGUAGGGCGUGUGACGGUGACCCCGGUGAACAGGUGAAUGGAGGCCAGGUCAUGCUUAAAGACGCUGAGAACAUUCUGGAGUCCACAGACAGCUGAGAGGAACGGCCUGAGCUCAUCAUAUUUCUAUCAGGAUCUUUUUUAAUGGAAGAGAUUUUUUUGGGACUCCGUUUGGUUCAGUUGACUGUUAACGUAGUGAGCGUCCUGAAUGAAGCUGGCUCACGUGACACAAACAAGUGUUGGUUUUUAUUAGCAUCGUGUAGAGACCGUGUCUGUUCUGACUGUGAAUGCAUUGACUGUAAAUAUUUAUCGUUUUAUCUGGGAUGUUUUUAUGAAUCUGCACUGUAGCUUCUGAUUAAACAGAAACUGAAAGAU